UCCAAACAAGGCCUUAUCAAAACAAAAGGCACAGAAACCUUAUCUUGAAAACUAGAAAUAGCUAUGGUAACAAAAUUAAAAACAUAUCUACCUGGUUGCUUAAACCUAUUUCAGCUGAAAAACAAGAAACAGAGCUUUGAAUUAGAGCAGCCAUGGCAACCUUGAGCAGCCAAUUUCAUAUCACAAGCCAUUCAACUUAUCAAAAUGUCAGAUCAAGGCCGUCUAUCUCUUGCUCGAUGCAGCCACCUCAAAACAACAUUAAGAUAGUUAUAAAUGGAGCAGCCAAGGAAAUUGGAAUGGCAGCAGUAGUGGCAGUGACAAAAGCCAGAGGGAUGGAAGUGGCUGGUGCAGUGGAUUCUUACUUUGUCGGUGAAGAUAUCGGAAAGGUUUGCGACAUGGAAGAGCCUCUUGAAAUACCCAUAAUGAAUGAUCUCACAAUGGUCUUGGGUUCCAUAUCUCAGUUAAAAGAAACUGCGGUGGUGGUGGAUUUCACUGACCCUUCCACAGUUUAUGAUAAUGUAAAACAGGCAACAGCAUUUGGCAUGAGAAGUGUUGUUUAUGUGCCUCGCAUUAAGUUAGACACGGUAGCCGCAUUAUCUGCAUUCUGUGAGAAGGCCAGCAUGGGCUGUCUAAUUGCACCGACUUUGUCCAUAGGAUCUAUACUUCUCCAGCAAGCUGCAAUUUCAGCUUCUUUCCACUACAACAAUGUGGAGAUUGUUGAAUCAAGAGCAAAUGCAAUAGAUUUUCCAUCACAGGAUGCAAUACAAAUUGCCAACAACCUCUCCAACCUCGGUCAGAUCUACAAUAGAGAAGAUAUUUCAACAGAUGUUUCAGCAAGGGGUCAAGUUCUGGGAGAAGAUGGAGUCCGUGUGCACAGCUUGGUUCUUCCGGGGCUCCCAUCCAGUACAACAGUUUACUUUUCUGCUCCAGGAGAGGUUUAUUCCCUCAAACAUGAUAUCACAGAUGUACAAUGUCUCAUGCCAGGCCUAAUCCUUGCUAUAAGAAAAGUUGUUCGCCUUAAGAAUCUGGUGUAUGGCUUGGAGAAGUUUUUGUAGAACAUAACUUCUGGUUUCAGUUUGGUGGACUGUCCAUGACACCACGUUAUGUUGUCAUGUACACGGAUAUAUGAAGAGGAAGGUGAAGGGAGAAACCAAGACAAGAGAAAGAGGAUUUUUUGAGCAGUUUCUAAUUGAGAUAUUAUGUAACCUAAGAAGCAUGGACACUUCUAAGAAGGUGACGUAUCCGUGUCGUGUUCGUGUCGGACACCGACACUCUUUGGACACUCUUAGGACACGUGUCUGACACUCUUCAAAACGUGUCCUAUUUUUAAAUUUUUUUUAAAGAUCCAAACACUCUUUGAACACUUGGAGGAUACGUGUCAAUCAUUUAAACACACGUGUCUAUCGAUUAGACACAUGUGAAACUAAUUAUAAGUUUGAAUACAACAAUUUAAGAUAUAAUAAUAAAACAAAACCCAUAUAAAUUUAUAGAAAUUAAUGUCACAUUGCAUUUUAUAUUAUAUUUGAAUGAUAUAUUUAUAUAUAUCAUAUAUAAUAAAUAUAUAAAAUUAUAUAUUUCAUGCAUGUCCCCCACGUAUCGUGUCCUGUAUUUUUUGAAAAUUAACGUGUCAGCGUGUCCGUAUCGUAUCCGUGUCGUGUCACGUGUCCAUGCUUCUCAGUAUGUAACCAAUCGUUUUCAAAUAUGUUGUAGUUAACUCUGACAGAAUCUAAACUGAUGGUGGAGUUCAAUUGAAGCUUGGCUCAAUCAUGUAACAUUAACAGAUGAAAGUAAAAUCAUAGUUAUAUGCAUAGCCUGCAUUGUUUUUAAA